AUGUCUGCGGACCCACAAGCAGUCCCUCGAGCCACCUCUGCCAGCACACGUGAGGGUUCGGAUUCAGAUCAGUUUGUGGCCUCCAGUCUGCCAAACCCGCCCAUCUUCCGGACCGUGAACGGAGUGCCCCAGCUAUCGCGCAAGUUUGUUGCUCGUCGCAUUUCUGAGGGCGAGACGGGCCGCCUCAAGGAGGAGCUCAAGUGCCAAGCCUGUGGCAAAGGCUACAAGCACGUUUCUUCGCUAGCAAAGCAUUUGUGGGAGCAUACUCCCGAAUGGAGCAUGACGUCCAAGCUCUUGAUCUCUAAGCACCAGCAAGUCCAGCUUCUUGAGGCGGCGUCUAUUCUCGUCAGUAUGAACGAGGAAGACGAAAAAUCGGACGAAGAAACAGCAACCCCAGCGGCGCCAGUUGCUGGCUCCGCUACCGCCACCUCGAGCCAAAAUGUCUCUUUGUUGACUCCUGGCCCCGAGGAUUCCCCCAGCCCCGUGGAAAUUGCCCCGACCACUCCUCACAAAGAUAUCCCACUUACUACAGCGCGUUCGAUCUCUAAGACCAGUAUUCUGGCGACAAAGGGACGCGGUAGACGUGUCUCUUUAAGUUCUAGUCUUGGUACAUCCCCGGCUGUUGCAUCGACGCUGAUUAGCAUGGCUGCUCAGGCGUCGCCCUUCCCAGAAUCCGUAGUCAAGGACUGGGAGCGUAACCCUCCGCACAACCGUGCGCGCGCUGGCUCCAUGGCUACACGGCAUAAUGACGAUGAUGAUGAUGAUGAUCUCCAAGAACCAAGUAACCGUGAAUCUCCGCCCAGUGGAGGUGAUGUCUUUGGUGACAUGGAUGAAUAG